ACUGAUAUAGACUGCAUAGGGAUAGGAUGUAAGUCACCAGAGUGUGUAUGUUUGUCUUCUAAAGAUCAGCCAAUGCAGCAGCGCCAUUGUAGGCUACAGCAGGGCUUAAAAACAUGAUAGGAGCCUAUGGACAGACGCGCGCUGGGGCGGUGGACAGGCCAGAUGACCUGCUGAAUCGGUUGACGGCAUGGGUUACUGCUACUCUGUUUUUAGUGAUACUUCAAACAUUUAAUUUAAUAAAAUAUCUGCAUCUAUACAUUUGUCAUCGUGGGUAUUCAAAAUAGACAACAAUGGAUCGUGUGAAAAGCUCCAUGCAGCAAGUACCGAACGCAAUUCCUAAAGCUUUGAUCCGACGGACCACUGGUGCUGCCAACAGUUUGGAAGUUGAAAAGGAGAACUUUGAGCGCAGCCAGGCGGUGAGCAUCAACAAGGCAAUCAACAUACAGGAAGUGGCCGUCAAAGAGAAGCAUGCCAGGACCUGUAUCUUGGGGACCCACCAUGAAAAGGGGGCCCAUACGUUCUGGGCAGCAGUCAACCGUCUGCCCCUGUCCAGCAACGCAGUGCUCUGCUGGAAGUUCUGCCACGUCUUCCACAAGCUCCUGCGAGACGGACAUCCUAACGUGAUAAAGGACUCCAUGAGGAACAAAUCCGACCUCAGUGAUAUGAGCAGGAUGUGGGGUCACCUGAGUGAAGGAUAUGGAAAGCUGUGCAGUAUCUACCUUAAGCUGCUCAUCACCAAGAUGGAGUUCCACAUCAAAAAUCCCCGUUUCCCAGGCAACCUUCAGAUGUCCAACCGACAGCUCGACGAGGCAGGAGAGAGCGACGUCAAUAACUUCUUCCAGUUGACGGUGGAGAUGUUUGAUUACCUGGAGUGUGAGCUCAACCUGUUCCUGAACGUAUUCAGCUCUCUGGACAUGUCUCGGUCAGUGUCCGUGACGGCUGCAGGCCAGUGUCGGCUGGCUCCCCUCAUCCAGGUGAUCCUGGACAGCAGCCACCUGUACGACUACACUGUCAAGCUGCUCUUCAAGCUGCACUCCUGCCUUCCAGCCGACACCCUCCAGGGCCACAGAGACCGCUUCCAGGAGCAGUUUAAAAAGUUGAAGAGUCUGUUUUAUCGCUCCAGCAACCUGCAAUACUUCAAGCGUCUGAUCCAGAUCCCACAGCUACCUGAGAAUCCUCCAAACUUCCUGCGAGCGUCGGCGCUGUCGGAGCACAUCAGCCCCGUGGUGGUGAUCCCUGCCGAGGCGUCGUCCCCGGAGACGGAGCACAUGGUGGAGACGGAGGACCUGGUGGACACAGACAUCCCCGUCCAGGCUGCUGUGGAGACCCAGUUCGACGACCUGUUCGGCAACUCGGCUGCUACCGACCCCUUCAACUUCAACAGCCAGAACGGCCUGCGCAAGGAUGACAAGGACCGUGUGAUUGAGCAGCUGACCAGGGAGAUCCAGGCCUUGAAGGAGGAGCUGGAGUCCUUCAAACUGGAGAGCGGCAGGCUGUGCCAGGCGCUGCGCGGGCGCGUCAGCGAGCUGGAGGCGGAGCUGGCGGAGCAGAGCCACCUGAGGAUGCAGGCCCUGGGGGAGAGCGAGUUCCUGCGGGCCGAGCUGGAGGACCUGCGCCGGGUCAGGGAGGACACGGAGAAGGAGCAGCGCAGCCUGACGGAGAUCGAGAGGAAGGCCCAAGCUAACGAGCAGCGCUACACCAAGCUGAAGGAGAAGUACAGCGAGCUGGUGCAGAGUCACGCCGACCUGCUGAGGAAGAACGCGGAGGUGACCCGGCAGAUGACGGUGGCGCAGGCGGCGCAGGACGAGGUGGAGGCCGUGCGGAGGGAGAUGCAGGAGAAGGUGAAGGCCACUCAGGAGGCGGCCGACAAACAGGAGCUGGAUCAGGUGCAGCAGCUUCAGGAGUUGCAGAGAGAGCUGCUGUCCAGCAGAGCAGAGCUGGACGGCCUCAGGGACACAGUCACCUCCUCCCAACAGUCGAGCGAGGAGCUAGCCUCUCAGUUGUCCGGCCUGGAGGCACAGAAGGCGGAGCUCGCGCAGACGCUGUCCGAGAAAGAGGAGGAGCUUACCGGCCUGGGGGAACAGCUGGAGCACGUUCAGAGCGUGCUGACCAAUGAGAGGGAGAGCGGCGUGAAGGCGGCCGAGGUCCUGCAGAACCAGCUGAACGAGAAGGAGAGCAGGGAGCAGGUUCUGGAGAGCCAGCUGCUGGCCACGCGCUGGGCCGCCCUGCAGGGGGCUGUGGAGGAGGCCGAGAGGAUCGUCCAGGACUCCCUGACCCAGAUAGACGACCCGGCGCACAUCAGCUGCACAAGCUCUGCAGACUACCUGGCGUCCAGGUGUCAGGCCUCCCUGGUCUGUGUGGAUAGACUUCACUCUGCCAGAGACGUGUACCUAGCGGACCACACUGGGGUGUCUGAGCUGGUGCGCGCCCUCACCCAGCUGGCUCACCUGGUGGGGGACACCAUCGUCCAGGGCAGCGCCACCUCACACAUGGUGCCGGUGGAGCAGGCGGACGCCCUGUCGGACAGUGUGAAGGCGUGCGGGGCGGAGACCCUGGCCUUGCUGGGUCAGUUGAAACAGGAGGACAGCCUGGCCGCUGCAGACAGCACCACCCUGAGGGGAGCGCUGGGCGCCAUCUUAGCCACCGCUGAAACGCUGCGUCCUAAGGGUCUGGAGCUGCAGCAGGGGGAGCUGGGAGACCUGGUGGAGCAGGAGAUGGCCGCCACCUCGGCCGCUGUGGAGUCGGCCGCCGCCAGGAUUGAGGAAAUGCUCAACAAGUCCCGUGCGGUGGACAGCGGGAUUAAGAUGGAGGUUAAUGAGAAGAUCCUGGCGUCCUGUACAGAACUGAUGCAGGCCAUCAAGGUGCUCGUGCUGUCUUCCAAAGAUCUGCAGAGGGACAUUGUGGAAAGCGGCAGGGGGGCAGCCUCCAUGAAGGAGUUCUAUGUCAAGAACUCGCGCUGGACGGAAGGCCUCAUCUCAGCUUCUAAAGCUGUGGGCUGGGGAGCCACAGUGAUGGUGGACGCCGCAGACCUAGUGGUGCAGGGGAAGGGGAAGUACGAGGAGCUGAUGGUGUGUUCCCACGAGAUAGCGGCCAGCACCGCUCAGCUGGUGGCUGCGUCCAAAGUGAAGGCAGACAAGGACAGCACCAACCUGGUGCGUCUGCAGCGGGCGUCCCGGGGGGUGACCCAGGCUACCGCGGGGGUGGUCGCCUCCACCAAGUCUGGGAAGUCCCAGAUCGAGGAGAAGGACACCAUGGACUUCUCCAGCAUGACCCUCACCCAGAUCAAACGCCAGGAGAUGGACUCCCAGGUCCAGGUUCUGGAGCUGGAGACGAAGUUGCAGAGGGAGAGAGAGCGUCUGGGAGAGCUGAGGAAGAAGCACUACGAGCUGGCGGGCGUAGCUGAGGGCUGGGGGGAGGAGGAGGGUACAGGUUAAGACCCACAGCCGUUGGUCACCUGACCUGAAUGCCGCCUCUUCUGCCUCUCCACAUUUAAACACACUCUUCAGUUUUUCUCUUCAUCGUAAAAAAUUCAAGCCAAAUAAAAAGGUGCUUUUCUAAAUGCUCCUGCGUCAGUUUCCGGACGCUUCCACGAGGACAGUGUUGAUAAGGGCCAGAGAAGGGGCACGGUGAUUGACAGCUCCAGACCUGUCUGUGUAGCGGGGCCGAUGGCCUGACGAUCCAUUCUGAUUUAUUUAUUGAAUUUUCCCCACGAUUCCAAAAGGGAGCACCCUGUGUCACCAAGCAGGACCCGGGAGCACAAGUUCUUCAUUAGACGUCCCAGGAUGCACUGCACAAGGGCCCGUCCCUUCGCCAGAGGGAGACAUGUUUAUAACCGUGACGGCGGCCCUUCAAGAACCCUCCUUCAAACUGUGUCUUCUGUGUAUCAUAGAUGGCAUGCAUGUCCUCUCCUUACGUUAGUGCUACGUUCUUUGUCGCAGCACCCACUUGUUGUGCUCUGGGCGUCAGUGAGAGCUCCAGUCUACUUUCACCCAUGCCCCCACCACCCACCCCCCUUCCCCCAGCUCAAAUGUCUUCGUUACUCUCUCACUGUGAGUUCCUUAACCCCUUUAACACAACAUAAAUACCUUUGCCUAUAUUCUUGCCUUCCCCUCUUGUGUUAAUGACCAUGACUGUUAGGUGAGGUGGCUGUUGACUGUCAGCCAUGGGCUCUCCAACGAGCUCCCGUCUGUCCAGCUGCGUCGGCGUCCUUUCAGAAUAAGAGUAGAGUGGAAUUGCCUAACACGAGUGGAGUGAGUCUAUAAAUGGAGGAGUCUCCCUCUCCCAGACGGCUGUAUAUCACCGCCUCCUGUCCUCCACGUCACACCAGCUGUAGAUCACUGUAGAGCUUCCAUGGACUCACCAGAUGCUCCUCCCCCCGAGCGCCCUCCGCAGGGUUUGGAACGGUCGGCCGGGGCGGCAGUAGAGGGCGGGGGGCGUCCCAGGGGCCGAGGGGGUGGGCUUCUGGAGGUCUGCUGUUUUAUCCUGCGGUUUCAGCUGCCUGGUCAGUAGACCCGUGGGCUGCCUGCCUGGCCCCUUGACUGGGGCUCUGGCAUCGGGGGAAGUAAGACACUCACACGUACAUACAACCUCCCAGACCGUGACACUAUGUAGCUGAACGCCUUUCAUAAUCAAACCCUGUCAACACUACCCAUGCCUCGGGGGAGGGACGACUGGUGCGUUCCAGCCACCAGGCGGAUCGCGGCGCUCCUUGGAGACCUGUUCCUCCCUCUUUUGUCUGUAGUUACAAAUACAGUACGACUCAAUUAAAGUUUCUGAAAAGUGUGAAAUGCCUGUAUAUGAGUUGUAAAGUAAACCAGGAGUUAAACUGGUAGUAUUUUUGGUACCCACCACAGAAACCUUGUUUGUGGGCCCUAUUUUGCUAUCGCAGAGCAAUGAGACCCAAACCACAUGAUUAGAAUGAAGGGCCGACCGCCUAAACAAUAAAUAUGUCGAAUUGACCUCAAAUGGAGGUUAACGGUUCACAGAGAAAAGAUGCAAUGCAAGAAAAUGCUUCAAAAUGUUUGGUUGCAGCUCCCCCAUGUGUAGGUGCUGCAUAUUUGAGGGCUUCGACGUUCUGCCCUGAAGAGGUGGGCCGUGUGCUUGUGUGUGUGAGGUUGUAUUCCUCUUGUGUCUUAAUGACCAUUUUAGUUUGGACGCUUUGGCUGUGUUUUCUAAAGUUGUGACACUGGGUAUUUAAUGGUUUAGCAGUGUUCAUCAGUGACUUCCUGAGUAUUAACCUCUCACCUUGGGUUUGUGUCUGUAGUCCUACCAGCUCAGCCAGCCUUUCAACUGCCUCGCACUGUAGUCAAGGAAACAAGAAAAUACUCAAAUAACAUUGAAAUAUGUCUUUGUAUGAUGAUAUACUAAAACUAUGUAUGUGGGGUUGUUUUAUUUUUUCAGUUUUUAAAUAAAUAUUUCGACUCAUUCAA